GCUUUUGAAACGCGGCUGCCGAUAUUUUUUAGCAUAUCUCUUUUGAAAAAGGGUUUGAAAUCAGUUGUUCAGAAUCGAAUCGAUAGAGCAGACUUCCAAGCAGCAGAGCACAAAUAUUUUGUAUGUAAAUUACAUCAAUGGAUUCGUACGACCAGACGAAACCUGCUAGAGAUGAUGGGUACGAAGUGGCGAACAAGAUGCGCCAACGUGAUCAACUUGUGCGGGACAAGUCCCGACUGCAAGCCGAAUUGGACAGCGUAACGAAACAACUAGGACGAGACACGUUACGAUUGCGUGAUUUGCAGUAUGCGGCUGAAGCGAGCGUGUUGAACGUGUGUCCUGGACAUGAAUGGAAUUAUCCCAUCACCAAAAAAUCUUUCGUCAAUGAUGUCGAAGCAACUUGUCAAUCGCUAAAAGCCAAUUGCAAUCGACUUGAAGCUCAACAGCUUUACCUUAGGCGAGAAAUUUGCUCGACGGAACACCAGAUAACAUCUCUGCGUCUUUGACGAUAUGUUUAUGUAUACUGUCUACGUAUAUAUAUAGAAUCAUUUCUUUUAUGAUCGGAUUGUUUUUACAUAACAACACCGCAAGUAUUUCUGAUACUGUCAUGACAACGAUUGUUUUUAAAACUUCAAAGUGUUUUCCUUCAUCUUCGUUUGUGUAUUUACGCGUACAGACGGAAGCUAAAAAUUAUGUAUACAAAAUGGAAUCAGUUUUACCUGGUCG